AUGGAUGAACAGAAAUUCCUUGAGCAGCUCUCUAUCGUCCUCGACCCCAAGAAGGGCAACGUCAAGGCUGCAACGAGCGUGCUCCAAAACGAAUACUACAAACGGCCAGAGUCCCUUCUCGCCUUGAUCCACCUCGCCAUUUCACACGAAAGCGCAGACCUCAAACAACUGGCUGCGACCCAAGCCAAGCCGCUGGUCUCUAAACAUUGGACCAAAAUCCCCAACAACCAGCGCCAACAAGCCCGAACACAACUCUUUCAGGCGACUCUUGCUGAGCAUUCCUCGCUCGUCCGACACGCCUCAUCCCGCCUGAUAAGUGCAAUUGCAAAGAUCGAUCUCGACGAUGGCGAAUGGCCCGAACUGCCCGGCAUGCUGCAGCAGGCUGCUACCAGCUCAGAGGCCGCUGAGCGCGCGGUUGGCGUGCACGUGCUAUAUAGCAUCCUAGAAACUAUGGGAGAUGACUUCAGUUCGAAGUUCAAAGAGUUAUUUGCAUUGUUCAGCAAUACAAUCAAAGACCCUGAGAGCCUGGAAGUCCGAGUCAACACCCUGUUGGCCAUCUCCAAGAUGGCGCUCGUGAUCGAUGCCGAAGAAGACCAGGCUUCAAUUAGGGCAUUCCAAAACAUUUUCCCUUCCAUGGUUGCUGUCUUGAAAGACACAAUUGACUCGGGCAAGGAAGACCAGAUCAUGCUCGCCUUCGAGGUCUUCAACACGCUUCUGACUGCGGAAUAUCAGCUAAUGUCGAAACAUUUCCAAGAUUUAGUCGUCUUUAUGAACGAGAUAGCAACCAACACAAACAUGGCCGAUGACACCAGAACUCAAGCCAUCAGCUUCCUGAUGCAGUGCGUCAUCUAUAGGCGGCUGCGGGUCCAGGGUGCCAAGAUGGGCGAGCCAUUGACAAAGAGCAUGUUACAGGUUGUCACUGAGAUUGACGAUGCUUCCGCCGAUGACGACGAUAUCACGCCUGCUCGGUCAGCUCUAGGUCUGAUUGAUACCAUGGCUCAGAGUCUCCCUGCGAACCAAGUCGUCGUCCCGUUGUUGAAUGCGCUCCCUGAGUACUCCAAAAGCUCCGAUCCUAAACAUCGCCAGGCCGGUAUCCUAGCUCUUGGUAUGGCGGUUGAAGGAGCUCCAGAUUUCCUCAGCACCCAGCUGUCCUCCGUGAUGCCAAUUCUCUUCACACUUUUGGAGGACUCGGAGGUUGUUGUCAGACAGGCUGCCCUACAGACAACUGCCAGGCUGGCGGACGAUAUGCCAGAAGACAUCAGCAAGGCGCAUGAGAAAUUGAUGCCGCUCCUCGUCAAGAAUCUGACCGCGGCCAUGGGUGCUUACAAGGGUGAGGAGGAAGGGCCCACCGUCGACAUCAUGAAGUCUGCGACAAGUGCCAUAGACGCAGUUGUGGACGGAAUGGAUGCGGAAGAUGCUGUGCCCUACCUGGAUAAGCUGGCUCCACUGCUUCAACGACUCUUUAAGCACCCCGAUUUCAAGAUCAAGGCAUUGGCUGCGGGCGCUCUAGGCUCCUUGGCCUCAACAGUCGAAGCACCAUUCUUGCCCUACCUCCGCGAUUCAAUGAACGCUAUGCAAGAAUAUAUCACGAAGAAGGAGAGCGAAGAAGAACUUGACCUUCGUGCUAGUUGCACUGAUGCCAUGGGUGAGAUGGCUGUUGCCGUCGGCCCGGCCGAGUUCAAGGACUAUGUACGUCCGCUCAUGGAGACCAGUGAAGAGGCCUUACGUCUUGAGCACUCAAGACUCAAGGAGAGCACCUACAUUCUGUGGGGUUCUCUCGCCAAGGUCUAUGAAGCGGAUUUUGCGCCUUUCCUAGAUGGAGUGGUGAAGGGUCUUUUCGAUUGCAUUGACCAAGAAGAAGCCGACCUCGAAGUUGAACUCGGCGACAGUGCAAGGGACCUUCUCGGCAAGGAGGUGACGAUCGCAGGAAAAAAGGUCAAAGUCACCGCAGCGGAUGACGAUGACGAAGGAGACAUCGAAGAUGUUGAGAUUGACGGCGACGAUGACAGUGAUUGGGGUGAUCUCGCAACUGUCACUCCUAUAGCUCUCGAGAAGGAAAUCGCCAUUGAGGUUAUCGGGGACGUUGUCUCUAACACCAAGACGGCCUAUCUGCCCUUCUUUGAGAAGACUAUUGAGAAACUCCUUCCCCUAGCCGAACACUCGUACGAGAACGUGCGAAAAGCCACAAUCAGCACGUUGCAUCGCGCGUAUGCAGCUCUUUACGAUAUCUCAGAAGAAUCGGGUGAACUUCAGAAAUGGAAGCCUGGCCUUCCACUUCAGGUCGAGCCGACGCCGGCACUGACGAAAUUUGGAGAGGUCUUGAUGACUGCGACAUUGAACGUCUGGCCCGAGGAAGAGGACACUGCUACCGUCACCGAGAUCUCGAGAGCCCUCGCAGAGAACCUCAAGAUGACGGGCCCAUCUCUCCUCAGUUACCCUGACGUCCUCUCCAAGAUCGUACAGACAGUGACGGAUCUGAUCACAAAGAAACAUGCAUGCCAAAUCGAUAUGGCGGAGGAGGCCUUGGAUGAUGAAGACUUGGAGUCCACAGAAUUGGAAUGGCUUGUUGUAGACAGUGCCAUGGAUGUUAUUUCGGGUCUUGCAGCAGCGCUCGGCCCAAGCUUCGGGGAACUAUGGAAGAUUUUUGAGAAACAGGUGCUGCGAUAUGCAAGCGGUGGAGAAGCUCUGGGGCGCGCGUCUGCCUGUGGCGUGCUCGCUGAGAUUAUCACGGGCAUGGCAGGUGCGGUCACACCCUAUACCUCGCAGAUGAUGACGGUUCUCCUCAAGCGUCUGGGAGACGAGGACCCUCAGACGAAGUCUAAUGCAGCCUAUGCCGUGGGCAGGCUGGUGGAGAAAUCCGAAGAUGACGGCACCGUCGUCAAAGCAUACACUCAGAUCCUCUCGAAACUCGAAUCGAUCUUGCACAUCACCGAGGCACGCUGCCAGGACAACGCUGCGGGAUGCGUCUCUCGCCUGAUCCUGAAGCACAAGGACAAAGUCCCCAUUCAGCAGGUUCUUCCGGCGCUUGUUGACAGUGGCAUCUUGCCUCUGAAGGAGGAUUACCAAGAAAACGAGCCAUUGUGGAAGAUGAUCGUACAGCUUUACCGCGAGCAGGACCCAACGAUCCAGCAACUCACGCCGAAAUUGGCUCCGAUCAUGAUGAGCGUGCUCGGUGAGCCGGAGGAACAGUUGACAGACGAAGUGAGAGAGCAGGUGCAGGCGUUGGUGGAGCAUUUGAAGAACAUGCAUUAG